AUGGCGACGUGGGAUACAGACGACUUCAUGUCUCAGUGGGACAAAAAGUAUGUCUCAACUAACGUUAAGCCUGGUUCAAAGCCAUAUGAGAGAGAUUUCUUUCUCGGCCUCGCAUCCCGCUUGGCUUCUGCGCAGCCGGAAUUAAAGAAUAUUGCCAAUACUCUGAUUGCCGCGGCGUGCUGUGCCGUUGGCCGCGCAGACGUCGUUGGUCGGUUUUUCGACGAUCUGACAUUGAACGCGACGCCCGAGGAGUCUGAGUAUUUGUUUCUGUGGUUUCGCGAAGCCAUCACGAUAAUAUUCCCCUACUUGGGUCUACCAACAUGCAUGCCGGCUUGCUAUGGCAUGAUUGGAGUGAUUCAACGCAAAGGCGCGGUCUAUGCUUCGACUAAGAGUCUUCGGAAAAAGAUCAUCACCGAGGACGACGUGCGGAAGGGGAUUGAGCUUCGUGCGAGGAUCUACCGUGGGGUAGGCAAUUCAGACAUCUUCGCCUUGAUGGACAGCUAUUUCACAGAUCUAAUCACGACCUCAACCGUGGUUACAUGGGGAUAUCUUAUCGCAAAGGCAAACGAAGAGGUAUUCGAGCCCCGAGAGUCGCACUUGGUCAUUGCUACAGCUAUUAUGGCCUUGGGAGCCUCUCGGCAGACGAAAAGUCAUAUAAAGGCCACUUUAGGCAUUGGAAACUCGAUUGAUGGUGUCAAGGCGGUUGUAGACAUGGUAACCCAGUUGGCCGAGUGGGCUGAUCGCCCUACGAUCGGGCCUUUCGAGGUGGGCCAGCUGGGAGCAGAAAUUCGGGCAGCCUUAAAGGGUUGA